GGCAAUAGUGCGCGCUCAGCCAAGGAAAGGCCCUGCGAUGCGUGUCGCCGGCGCAAGACGCGAUGUGUCAAGGAGAAAGGCGAAGAUAAAUGUGUCCUGUGCAAAUUUCAUACUCAGGAGUGCACCUACCUACACGAGCCAGUCGCCAGGACAAGGAAACGAAAAGCUCAACCUACUGAAGAAACCGACAUGGGAAACGCAGACGACAGUCCACAUGUGCUUCGAACCAAUGUAGGAACUGGCGUGGAAGAGUACGACGAACUUCCUGGGGAAAGCUUGCUGAAGAAGACGCUUGGGCUUCAGAACAAGCAUCAUGCUUACUUUGUCGGCCUGACUGAACCUUUCUCCUUUCCUCGAUUUUCAAUCACCAAGGGAAGCUCGCAGAAGUCUACGCAGGGCGGUGUUGUCACAAUCCGAAAAGUCGAUGACUUCAAUGCUUUCACCGUCCGCGAAGACCAAGGCACCAUCGGCUAUGAUACCGAGAUGAGUCGUGUAGAUGCAAUACAGCAGCUGGUUGAGCCUUAUGGACAGGCUCUCGUCGACCUAUACUUCCGUAUCAUCCAUCCAUCGUUUCCCAUCCUCCAUAAAGGCGUUUUCCUGGAAAAGUAUGCACGCUCCUACCGCGAGUUUUCACCUGCUCUUCUGGCAGCCGUCUAUCUUCUUACAACCAACUACUGGAGGUGCUCGCCGGUCCUAGCGACAAAGCCUGCGCCAGAUGCCUGUCGUCUCUACGAGUUAGCAAUAGAGUCUUACGAUCUUACCAUUCAUCGCCCCAAGCUCUCGUCGGUCCAAGCGGGGCUGCUGAUUGCACAAUACGAAUGCUAUAGUUCGGAUAUCAUGGCCUGUGGAUCCAGAGGUAAACUUACGGCACAACUUGUUUCUAUGACACAUACCAUGGGGCUCCAUCUAGACUCAUCACGAUGGGAUCUGCCAGCUUGGGAGAUCAGCUUGCGCUGCCGUCUUGCCUGGGCUGUCUACCUGCAGGACAAAUGGGUGGCUCUGAUCGAAGGCCGGCCAGCUUUGCUUUCGGAUCGUGAUUGGAUUGUGCCUCUCUUGCAGCACAAAGACUUUCCAGAACAUGAAGAGCACAAUGAGGAAGGUAGUUCGGAAGUCGAGAACAGCCGUAUCAUCUUCAUCCAGAUGAUUGAGCUCACUCGGAUACUUUCUCAUAUUCUGGACACAAUCUUCAGCUUGCGGUCACAUCAUGCCAUGGAAACGUCACACGAUCCAGUUGGGAUCCUUUUGAGUAAAACGCAGCCCUUGCAGCGUCGACUUAGUGCCUGGUCCGAUUCAGCAAUGGAGGUACUAUCUCUGGAAAAAGCUUCGUCCAUGCGACUGACUUGUAUAGGGUACCUCAGACUUGCCCAUCUUGCUGUCGAUGUCAGUCUGCAUCGACGUAUCAUAUGCCAGUCCAUGUCUCGUGGUUCAGACCCGAACGUCGCUGCGGCGUGCCGCGUCGCUGCCAAACAGAGAUGGCUAUCUGCGCUUGAAUUCGUGGAUAGUCUGAAGGCGCGACACCUUAAGUCAUUCUGGUACUUUAGCUCGACCGCAUGCUUGACAUUGCUGAUCUCUUUUGGCAAUGUUCUUGUUGGAUCUGCCUCUGACUCGCCUGAAGAACAAUUCUAUCUCGACAAGCUAAAGGAGUUCCGAUGGACCCUAAAGAUCAAU